AUGGGGCUCGCCGGUGAGAAGAAGCGUGUAAAGCUCUCCUUCGACCCAAAUAACACAAGAUGGACGAACGACACUUCAUCCUUCGGUCACAGAAUGAUGACCUCGCAAGGUUGGGAACCAGGACAAUUUCUCGGCGCGAAAGAUGCAAAGCACGCAGAGUUCCACACAGCUGCGAAUGCGUCACAUAUACGAGUCGCUAUUAAAGACGACAAUCUCGGUCUCGGUGCGAAGGUUGGUAGUGGGGUUGGUCACGGCGAGUGCACAGGUCUGGACGUCUUCAAGAAUAUCCUAGGUCGCUUGAAUGGGAAAGAUGAGAUUGAGAUCCAGAAAGAACAACAGAGUAGAGAGGAUUUAAAAAGAGCUAUCUAUACGGAAAGGAAAUGGGGCAGUAUACGAUUUGUGCAGGGAGGGUUCCUUAUUGGAGAUAAGAUCCAGCAUUUAAUUGAUGGAGAGGCGGAAAGGGUUAAGAAGUUGGCGGAAGGGCAAGAAGAUGGAUCGAGUACGUCGGGCUCCUCAUCCGAGUCCGAGUCUGAGGAAGACGUUGAGCCGGUCAAGGAAGUUAAGAAGUCCAAGAAGAGAAAAGCGGAAGCGCUCGCAGAACCUGUCGCAGAGGUUGUAGCGAUCAAAGUCAAGAAGUCGAAAAAGUCCAAGAAAUCGGAUCCAAAACCAGAGGACGAAGUAGCGAUUAUCCUAAGUGAUGUGAAGCUGUCAAAGAAGUCGAAGAAGGAGCGUAAACAGAGAGAAGGAGCAGAACCUACAGAAGACACAGCCGAAGACUCAGCGGCGGCGCAGCAUAAACAGGAUAAAAAGAAACGGAAAAGAGAAAAAGAAGAGCGGAAGAAGGAGAAAGCUGCGAAAUUAGACGUAGAAGAUGGGUCGAAAAGUUCGAAAAAGGCGAAACGAGAAAAGAGGAAAGCCGAAAAGGAUGUUGAACAAUCAUCGGAACCCUCACAGCCAACGACGAAAGAAAGCACACCUUCAGUACCGCUGACAGCACCGUCGAGUGGCCGAUCAACGCCACUAAUGCAGGGGAGACAUGCUGUAAGAUCGAGAAACAUAGCACAGAAGCGGUUAGCCGCUAUGGAUGCGACGGCCUUAAAUCAGAUUUUCAUGAUAAAGUCAUAG